CUCAUACACUUCCACCACCAAAAACACUCUUCAAUCCGUCGUAUCGCUCUUACCUCAAUGAAGAGAGAGAGAGAGAGAGAGAGAGAGAGAAUCUGCUCAUGCAUUUUUUUUCUAACUAGUUGACACUAGCAAGAGGAGACGGCAGCAUCCUCUGUCCCGCAGCUGCAGAAUUUUUGCGUUAUGCUGUAAACAGACCUUCAUGUGAACGUGAAAGGAUCUGCGUCCCAAACCAACCCGUUCCAUCAUUUUUUUCACAUCUUUCUCAAAUGCUUUGACAACUGGAAUGUGCUGUUUUCCUGCAAGCGUCGUUUCCAUGCCAGCAUGGGAACUGCAGUGUCCAAAAGGAAAAAUCUGAGGAAUGAUGCGAUUUCUUCGGUGGCAGCCAAAGUUAGAGCAGCUCGUGCAUUCGGAGAGUACCUUCACACUCAUCCUGAGAACCACAACGGAUCAGAUCACUUACUGUCUGACACCCUCAUUGGCCACGACUCUGACUCCCCAGACAGCCUGUGCACUCAGAACAACGAUUUCAACAGCUGCACCCUCCAGGGCUCAGCCGUCGGCACCGACCCCAGUUUGAUCAACCCUGCCCUGGGACUUCUGGAACCGCCGCCUCCGACGACUUCCUCCAAGAGCAGACUGUCCCUAGAACGCAGCUUUUCGGCAGAGGAGGACCAGCUGAAGUGUGUGGAGUGCGCCCUGCAGCCUGCUCGGGUCUACACCAUCACUGGAGAGAGCGGCAUGUUGGGAACCAGCCGGGGAAGCAAGGAGAACCUGGAGCUCGAGGUCUUGAAAGGGCCGCAGGAGGCAUGUCAUGCCGAAGCGCUCGCCCAGCCCUCUACAUCCUCCAACUCUUCUUCUCCGACACAGCACCACCACCACCGUGGAAGGGGAGGUGGAUCCGGAAACCAUCAUCACGGCAACCACCAUCACAGCAACACCAGCGGAGGUGGAAGCAGUGGAACUACCGGAUCAAACCCCCAACAGCACUUCUCUGGAGCGGGAAUGUCGCACCAUCACCAUGGGGUACCCCAUAACCACCAUCACCUUUCUCAGACGCUGCACAGCUCGGUCAGUGCGCACAACAUCCGCGGCUGGGGGGAGGGAAAAGAAUGCGGCCUGGCGUGCGAGGCCUGUGCCGGGGCUCCUUCACGCAGCCAGGGCUCCCUGGACCUGGAAAGCAGCACCCGAGAGGCAGGCAAGCAACGCCGGCCACCACUAGAGCGGAUGUGCAGUGUGGACCGCAUGACUGGGCUGGAGCGAGAAGAUAACAGUUGGUUCCCUAAAGAAAACAUGUUCAGCUUUCAGACUGCUACAACAACCAUGCAGGCGAUUUCGGUUUUCCGGAGUCUAGCAGAGAGAAAGAGGAGAAAAAACGAGGUGAAGUCAGCCGCCAUCAUCCAGAGAAAUUUCCGGAAGCAUUUAAGAAUGGUGGGCAGCAGAAGAAUGAAAGCACAAACAUUUGCAGAGCGCAGAGCGAAGAGUUUCAACCGAUCCUGGAGUGAUCCAACCCCUGUCAAACAAGACUCCCUAAACGACUCAAAAGACAGUGGUGACCUGCAGACGAGCUGUGGUGCUCCAGAGGAGGGCGGAUGUGAAGACAUGGACUGGGAGGAGGAGAAAGAGAUGGAGAGACUGGCGUGUGAGGGGGAUGACUUCAUCCCUCCUAAAAUUAUUCUGAUCUCAUCUAAAGUUCCUAAAGCAGAAUAUGUGCCCAACAUCAUUCGAAGGGACGAUCCAUCUAUUAUACCUAUUCUCUAUGAUCAUGAGCAUGCCACGUUUGAUGAUAUUUUGGAGGAGAUUGAGAAGAGACUGACAGCCUACAGGAGGGGCAGUAAGAUCUGGCGCAUGCUGAUCUUCUGUCAGGGCGGCCCGGGUCACCUGUACCUUCUGAAGAAUAAAGUGGCCACUUUUGCCAAGGUCGAGAAAGAGGAAGACAUGAGCCUGUUUUGGAAACGUCUGAGCCGGUUUAUGAGUAAAGUGAAUCCAGAGCCCAACCUGAUCCACAUCAUGGGUUGUUACGUACUGGGAAAUCCUAAUGGAGAGAAGCUGUUCCAGAAACUGAAGAACUUGAUGAGGCCUUAUUCUGUCAAGUUUGAGUCACCGCUGGAGCUCUCGGCUCAGGGCAAAGAUAUGAUUGAGAUGUACUUUGACUUCCGUCUGUUUCGACUUUGGAAAACCCGGCAGCACUCAAAACUCCUCGACUAUGAAGAUCUCUUGUGACCCCCUGCGGGUCAGUGUGUAGCUUUGCGGGCAGGACGUCCCACUGUAAAACUCCAUUCCACCAGCUUUCAUUUUGGAGUUCAGGAGGAAGAGGACUGGAGAGGGAAACAUCCACUUCGCUGCCAUCUUUGCGUCAUGAGUAUUGUUUAUUUCAGCUCACUUCUGUGGACUUCGACUGCUUUAGAACGGUAACACACAAGAAACUAAAACCAGUGGCAAAUGGUUCAAAACACAAGAACAAUCUUGAUACGUGGUGUUUUUGUACUAUAAUGGAAAAAGAGAAGUCGUUUCUCAGAACUGGUUGACAGUCUGUCGACUGCUUUUGUUUUUAAACUAACAUAUCGCCAACUUAUCGAUCACUAGCCGAGACCGUUGUGCUUACAAGUGUCACGCCGAAACGUACCUACCAGAACACAAAAAUGGUCCUAUAUGAAAUAACAUCUAAUAUAUCAGUAUACAUACAGGAUAUACAUCUCAUUAGUAUAUAGAGUAGCUAUAGUCAUGCAAAUAAUCUAAAUGUCAAUGGUUAUUGUUGUGGUCUUUCUGAUGAACUAUUUUGAAUAACUCAGGUUUUAGGCUUUAUGGAUAUAUUAAUUACUCCCUAUCCAGAUGUGUGGAAGUUAUUUAGGUGGAAAGAAUGUACAUUCUGUCGACAUACUUCAUCUUUCGUCACGUUUUGCUUCCAGCAGACCUUAUUACAUGCCAAUAUCUGUCCCUCCAUCGAAAAACACAGACCCGCAUUGCAAAACAUAACCAUACACAGUCCCCAUACUGGGAAAUCGUGACUUCCAGUCAUAUAAUAAUAGAAACACUGAACUCAGUAUAGCCAGACAUCUACACCAUGUGCGCCUGAAGCGUCAGCAGGAACAUGGCAUUACAGGGAGAUGUUACAGAACUGCUAAAAUAAGCGCUUGUGUCAAUGUGUUCAUAACAGUUAGGCUGUUUUCACACUUUGUUUGAACCUGUCUGUCUUUAAACAUAGUAUUCGGCUUCAAGCUGCAGUAUAUUUGCAUCUUUAAUAAAUCAAAAAGGGAAUUGUUACCCAGUUCUUUUUUAGUAAUUUGUUUUUAGUUUAGUACCAAAUUUUACUGUGGCACUUCAAUCUGUAUGAAAUAUACAGCAAUUAGUACUGUAAAACUCAAAAGACUGGAAUAAUGGCUGCCAACAAUUCAACUUUGUGACAUUUCAAUAUAUAUUCAAACAGAAAACACUUAAUUUGUAAUAACAUUUUACAAUAUUGCUGUUUUUACUGUAUUUUUGAUCAAAUAAAUGCAGUCUUAAAUCCAUAAAUCUAACUAACCCCAAACAUUUGAAUGCUAGUGUAUGUAUACUAAAUAAUAUGCCAUCAAAAGCUUCUGGCAUCCAGAAAUAAGGCUGGAUUACUUUUAUAACAAUUGUGAAUUAUAUUUGACCCCACAUGUUUCUUGGGUUUGUUUUCAUGAUUUCACCCUAACCAAAUGGAUUUGGGUUCACAUCAUAAGCUUUAGUGUGAAAACAGCCCCUAUCUAUUUAGUCUAAAGCCACUGGUGUUGUGGCUAAUGAAGAGGCAUUAUUCUGUAGGUCAUCGUUGCCUUAUGGGGCAGGAUGGUAUUUGAUGGUCAUACAUGGAUAAUAGAACCAUUUAAACCAUUUUAUGGCAGCUUGCAGGUGUAAACUCUAUGCAUUCUUCUUCUUCCAUUAGUAGCUUUCAAAGGUUUCGAGCAACUCGGGAGUUGUUUCUCAUGUGUAUCUUUAUGAAUGUUCUAAUGUACUCAGCUAAUAAGCCAUACCCUCUUUAGUAAGCUGCUCAGACUGAUGGCUCUUUGAUGUGGAUGGCUUCAGGCACUCAUGAAGAACUUCCAGCUGGUUCAACGAAGGAAUCUUCUCGUCUUGUUUUUUUAUGUAUCCACAUUGCUAAUUGGCUACUCCCUUAGUGUUGUUCAGGAAAUCUUUAACUUGCUUGAAAGACAGAAUGAGGUCUUGCCCCAUGAAAAUAAGUGAAGCUGUAAGGAUGCUGUGUCAAGCCGUCUUAUGAGAGGGAAUGCAACUAACAGCAUGUUAACAGAACGUUAGCAACACACCUUGCCAAGAUGUGCAUCGUCUGGGAAUAUGUCCAUUUGAUACAUUUGAUUUAUGGAAAAUUACCUUCUGGGUAUACCAUAGCUGAAGCAAUAUUUUCCAAAUUUUCACAUUUUCAAAAAAAUACAAAUUUUCAAAAUUUUCAAAAAAAUACAAAUUACUGCAUUUCUGUAUUAUUAUAUAUUGUGACACAACAUAUUGUUACAUUCCUGGUUGUCGACAUACUUCUCAUAUAUGGUACAUUUUUUAUCACAAAUGUUGCAAAUAAAGCAACAAGGAACAUUUUAGCUACAUAUUUAACCAUUAAUUAAACAUUACAUAUUUUGCAGUGUAUCUAAAAUGCAUCAAAAUGCACACUUUGAUUGGACAUCUUGGCAAUGUACUACCAAGCUAUUUAGCCAUUCAUGCCCUCAUUUCAAAGGUACAAAAAGUGAUCCAAUAUGGCAGACAUACACAAAAGCUAGUGAAGAAAAGCUGUAAUUAGUCUGCAAAACUGUACUGGAAGUGUCUGGAUAUAGAAUACAGUAGGGUUCUGUUAUCUUAGGGGACAUUGCUAUCUCUCAAUUCUAGCUGACACGCCGCUUCCCCUAAAGGGCUGCACCCCGGCCAGAAAAUAGGUUGCAAAUGAAUUGGACCUGAUCCUUUAGCAAUUCCAGUCAUUAUGGGGCCAUCUGUGACUCGCAGUAGGUGUCAGAGAGCCUGGCAUGUCAGAGGGAAAGAGAGAAUCUACAAUCACUAUACUACAGACGGCAACAUCACGCUAUAGCGGGAACAUUUGGUGGCGAGAGUGAAUGAUUUCUCGGGACGUCCAGUAUGAACAGAAUGCAUCAAAUGGAGGGCAAUUGUAUCACUCAAAUCACUUAUUCCAACCGUUCUGUACGAAUGUUUCAGAUUUAUUCAUUUACUUUUGAAUAGUAUUUUAAAUCUGUUUGUCGAUGUAGCAAUAUAUGUUAUUUCUCUGUGAUGUAAAUGUUAAUGUUUUGAGCUUUUUACUCAUUUAUUAUAUUUAUUAUAUAUUUAUGCUGUUCAUUUUGUACUUGUGCUGGACAGUAAUGGCUGUUUGUGCAAAGCCUUCUUUUUUUGUUAAGGAAGAGUCUUGAUUCUUCAAUACACAAAGCUUUGGCAAUAUCUGAGGAAUCCGCUUUAUGAAUUGAUCUUUUUAUCUGAUUAGCCUCAAAGAAUGUUUUUCAGUAACACUUUAUAAUAAGGGUCAAUUUGUUAAUGCAUUAGGUGCAAUAAACAACAUCUUUUUAUGAAUCAGUGUUAUUUUAAUAAUAUAUAUAAAUUAUUAUUUUUCUUUUUUCAUUUAGGUUUUAUUAUUUUAUUUGUGUGUGUAUCAUUAGUUUGGUUUUUAUUUCGGUCUUUGUAAUUUAGUUUUUUUAUUUUUUAUUUCAACUUUAUAAAAAUAAAAGUUUUUUUAUAUUUAUAUUUUUAGUUAACAACUCUUGAAACUAGCUUAAUUUUAUUCAUUCAUUUUAAUAGAAAAAUAC